UGCCGUAAAAUUCGAUGUGACGGGGAAUCUUAAAAACUUUUUGAUUUCGGUAGGAACUAAACAAGGCCUAAAUGAAUCCAAAUGUUAUCUUAUUGUUUGCCAUAUGUAUAAUAUGGUACGUUGUUACUGCUAAUUUACCAGACAUAUACAUAGUGUCAGGAGUAAGGACUAGUAGUUAUUAACUGCAGUGCAACAAACUCGCAACCUCAAGCGCAUUAUAUACUGCACGCCAAACACCAGCCACGCCAUGCUACUGUAGGCCUGUAGCACGCCGCAUUUCUCUCCACAUUGCCAUGUCGUCCACCACCUCGCCGGCGCCCGGUGUCUCCAGCGAAGUUCCUCCGCCACACAUCGUGGAGGACUGCCUCGGGCUCGUCCAGCUCCUGAGCGACGGCACCGUCAAGCGCGCCCCGGCCACGCUCGUCCUCCAUGACAACGCGCCAGCCGCAGUCCGAUGGAAGGACGUCGUCUACAACGAGGCCCGCAACCUGAGCCUCCGCAUGUACGUGCCGUCCGCCGCCGGAGCAGGUGACGGAGGCGGCGCCGAGACCAAGAAGCUCCCGGUGCUGGUCUACUUCCACGGCGGCGGCUUCAUCAUCGGCAGCUUCGCCUCGCCGGAGUUCCACGCCGUGUGCCUCCGCCUCGCCGCCGAGCUCCCCGCCGUGGUGCUCUCCGCCGACUACCGUCUGGCCCCGGAGCACCGCCUCCCCGCGGCGGUCGAGGACGCGGACGCCCUCCUCUCCUGGCUCGCCGACCAGCAGCGGCACGCCGCGGCGGGCGCGGGCGCGGACCCGUGGCUCGCCGACGCGGCGGACUUGAGCCGCGUGUUCGUGUCGGGCGACUCGGCGGGCGCCAACAUCGCGCACCACGCGGCCGCCGGCGUCGCGUCGGGACGGCGCCUCGGCCUCGCCGGGUGCGUGCUGCUGUGGCCGUACUUCGGCGGCGAGCGGAGGACGGCGUCGGAGGCGGCCUGCCCUGGCGACGGCGUGUUCCUGACGCUCCCGCUGUACGACCAGAUGUGGCGCCUGGCGCUGCCGGCGGGGGCGACGAGGGACCACCAGGCCGCGAACCCUUUCGCCGGGCCGGAGGCGACGGGCGGGGGCAGCGGCAGCCCCGGCGCCGAGCUCCCGCCGCUGCUCGUGGCGGUCGGGGACGGCGACAUGCUGGUCGACCGCGUCAGGGAGUACGUGGCGUGGGCGCGGGCGCGGGUGCAGGCGGCGGCCGCGGGGAACAAGAACAACGACAGGCGCGUGGACCUCGUCGAGUUCCCGGGGGCGGGCCACGGGUUCGCCAUCUUCGAGCCGGACGGCGAGGCGGCGGGUGAGCUGGUCCGCGUCGUGCGGCGGUUCGUGCAUGGCGGGGACGAUGACGACGCCGCCCAGGCGCCGCGCAGCGGAUGAGCCAGAGCGCGCUGUGGCCUGUGGGGUGGGGCUCGGAGUCGUUGUUGGGACUUGGGAGGGCUGAGCCGUUUUGCGUGUCGGGACGCCUCUCGCCGUCAUCUCGUGACGCUACCACCGACCGCUUUCACCGCGUCACAUGUUUUGUUUGUCUUCUCUCUUGAUGCUUGGAUCGACCAUCCUGUUUGGUUCCACCAACUAAAUUUUAGCUAGCUAAAAUUAUUUUAGCUAUUCUUGGGUGACUAAUAGAACUAAACUAUUUUAGCUCCUUUUAGUCAAUGUGUUUGGAACUUUAGCUACUAAAGUGACUAAAGUUUAGCUAGCUAAAAUUUAGUUGGUGGAACCAAACGGCCUCCAUGUUGAGAUGGUAAUAAUUACUGCGAUAAAUCUGUUGUGAUC